AUGUUCUCGAAAGCGCAAUACACAAGGCGCGCAGCCGUCGGUUGUAUCCAACGCUUUUUGUCUCAUGGCGGACUUCAUAAAUUUUUCCUUGAGAGAAUUUCCGCUCUCGGUCCUAUUACAGUAGCUGAAUUCAUGAAGGAAUGUCUCACGAACCCGUAUCACGGCUAUUACAUGCAUACUGACGUGUUUGGAAGGCGCGGCGAUUUUAUAACUUCCCCCGAUAUUUGCCAGAUCUUUGGAGAACUUAUCGGAAUAUGGUUCGUCAAUGAAUGGACCGUGUUGAAACAGCCCUCCUCAUUUAACUUCAUCGAACUUGGUCCGGGAAGAGGAACCUUAUUGAGCGAUAUACUUCGCAUGCGGGGGCUCGGUGGAAACAUGUGUCGACAUCAGUCAGAUAAAGGGGUCAAACACUCAACAUGA